GCUACUGCUUAUAAUGAGUGUUGUUGAAGAGGCUGCUGUCGGAGCCGCUCUUGGAUUUUUGCUUCAAGCAAUUAAAGAAGCAAAAGAAAAGGCAGUCUUCUUCAGAAGAACCCUUCAAAGUCUCCAGGAUACGCUUCAGAACGUGAGGCCGAUCAUUCAUGAAGUCCUGAAGAUUGAAAAUGCUCCUACUGAUGCAUGCAACAGAUUUGUCCAGAUGUUGAAGAAAGCUGAGAUGCUUGUUGAAAUGUAUUCGGACAUCAGUAAAUGGAAAUUGCUUAAGAAGCGUAAGGUCAAGAAGCUGAUUCAAGAAAUGGAUGCUUCAAUUCAAAGGUUUAUGACAAGGGAUUUUCAGGCUGAACAACUUCUCUACCUUGCAAAAAUUAACGAGAAAAUGGAUCGUGUAAUAGUAUUGUUAGGGUUAGAUUGUGAUGCAGUUAAUGGAAAAGAAUUCAGUACUGAGACUGUAACCAAUGGGAAGUCAUCAAAGCCCAAGAUUGAGAAUGGGAGUGAAGGUCAGUCAUCCAAUCCUAAAUUUGAAUUCCACUGGAAAAGCAAGGGAAAAUGCAUUGACAUUCGCUUCUGGCACGACAGGCACGACUAAACCAAUGAGGGAGUAACUCAUCGUGCAACCAGACAACCCACUUAACAGUUAAUGUCCAACAAAUUGAUGGAUUAGUUCUGAACUUUAUGAAUAUUGGUAAAUACUAUGGAUUUACUCUAAACUUUCAAUUUUAUAAACAUUAUUAAGUAAUUGUGUAUACGAACAUGAAUUAUAAUGAGUAUGAAUG